AUGGCACUGCGCAAAGUGCGCAGUAAUUUGGAUCGUUUUUUUGAUAAAAGUCUGACAGAUUUGAUUCGUGGGAUCCGGAACAACAAGGAUAAUGAGGCUCGGUAUAUCGCAGCAUGUAUUCAUGAAAUCAAGAUGGAACUUCGACAAGAUUCGGUUUUUGUUAAGGCGAAUGCGAUCGAAAAACUUGCUUAUUUACAAAUGAUGGGAUAUGACAUAUCAUGGGCAUCAUUCAAUAUUAUUGAAGUGAUGGCGUCAACGAAAUUUACCGAGAAACGAAUCGGUUACAUGGCAGCUUCACAGUGCUUCCAUGAUGGUACCGAUGUUUUGAUGUUGACUACCAAUUUAAUACGAAAAGAUUUACACAGUGCUAUUAUGUACGAGACGGGUAUAGCACUGGGAUCAUUUUCAUGUUUUGUUACGCUUGAUUUGGCUCGAGAUCUCACGAAUGAUGUUGUGAAUCUUCUUUCUUCUAGUCGACCUUAUGUACGCAAAAGAUGUGUAUUAUUAUUGUAUAAAAUUUUCCUGAAAUAUCCAGAUUCUUUAAGGCCUACUUUUCCACGGCUGAAGGAAAAACUAGAAGAUUCGGAUCCAGGUGUACAAAGUGCUGCAGUGAACGUUAUUUGUGAGUUGGCACGAAAGAAUCCUAAAAAUUACUUAACUUUAGCCCCUGUGUUCUUUAAGCUAAUGACAACCUCAUCGAACAACUGGAUGUUGAUUAAAAUUAUCAAACUGUUUGGUGCAUUGGUACCAUUGGAGCCUCGUCUUGGCAAAAAGUUGUUGGAACCACUAACGAAUUUAAUCAACAGCACAUCAGCAAUGUCACUGUUAUACGAAUGCAUCAACACAGUUAUUGCAGUAUUAAUAAGUAUAUCGUCUGGUGUACCCGGUGAUCAUACUGCCAGCAUACAGCUUUGUGUGCAAAAAUUAGGCGUGCUAAUUGAAGAUUCUGAUCAAAACUUGAAAUAUCUCGGUUUGCUUGCAAUGGGAAAGAUUUUGCAAAGACACCCUAAAGCGGUCCAGGCUCAUAAAGAUAUUGUGUUGCGAUGCUUAGAUGACAAAGAUGAAAGCAUUCGAUUAAGAGCAUUAGAUCUUCUCUAUGGGAUGGUAUCCAAACGAAAUAUCAUGGAAAUUGUGCGAAAACUAAUGGAUCAUGUUGAUGCUGCAGAAGGAUCGUAUUAUCGUGAUGAGCUACUCUCACGAAUUAUCGCAAUUUGUUCGUACAAUAAUUACCAAUAUAUUACAAAUUUUGAAUGGUAUAUAUCAGUUUUGGUAGAAUUAACAAAAGUGGAAGGUACAAAGCAUGGCACAAUGAUUGCUGAACAGAUGCUUGAUGUAUCAGUACGCGUCCAGUCGAUAAGGCAUUUUUCGGUGUCUCAAAUGGCUUUACUUGUUGAAAAUGCCCAUCUUCUGCUUGCUGGCAGUGCACAGCAUCGUAGCAAUAUGUGUGAGGUGCUACUAGCUGCAGCAUGGAUUUGUGGUGAAUACUGCGAGCAUCUUUGCAACGUUCAAGGUGUACUAGAAGCCAUGCUCAAGGCCAAAAUACCAAUCAUGCCAGGACAUAUACUGAGCGUUUACAUGCAGAAUAUUGCCAAACUUUAUGCGGUGCUUCUUACAAGAGCUGAAGCAGAGAAUGAUUGGGAUGGAAUCGAUAGUUUGGAUAAUUUAUUGCUGUCCAAAUUGCCUGAAUUUGUAUUAGCUGAUCAUCUUGAAGCGCAAGAACGAGCAUGCACUUUCUUGGCUGUGUUGAAGAUCAUAGAACGCUUUCAUUUGAAUCAUGAGAAAGUUGGUGAAGAAUUCGCAAGGCUUUUCGAAGGGGAAUUAAAUCCAGUUGCUGUGAAGGCACAAAAAAAAGUUCCGAUCCCUAAAGGGCUAGAUCUGGAUGCUUGGAUUCAUGAACCGGAUUUGGAAGACGAAGCUAGCGAACCUGAAAAUGGAAAUACUUUUGGAAACAUGGCACUGCGUCCAGAGUUUGCUGGUUUUGGUGGUCCACCCAGAUAUAGCAGUGAUGAAGAUCAUGAUUAUGGGAAAAAAUUGUCAGAAACGAAAGCAAGCAAGGGCGAAAUUAGUGAAGAGGAACUGAAAGAGCGCCUCAAACAACGACAAGCUGAAAUUGAGAAUAAUCCCUAUUACAUGAAAGGCGAAAUUAAAAGUAGUGCUUCCAAACGAACUCCUCUUGGUACUGUAGAAAGACCACUGUCGACUCCAGAUCUGCAGAGCCCCUUAGAAAUACCCGGAGUAGUGGGACUCAACAAAUACAUGGAACGACAGCAGUCGACGCUAUCAUGGAAAACUGCAAAGAAAGAAAAAAAGAAAGUUAAAGGUCGAAAAAAUAAAGUUGAUAAAGAGAUAAGUUCUAGUGACGAUGAUGAUAUUCCAGUAAUCCAUCAGGUCAACAGAGGGGAAGGUGAAAUGCCUGAAAAUGCCAAGUCAACUGACGAAGAAGCCGCUGGAAAUGAAAAUGAAGUGGAAGAUAUUUACAAAGCACUUGAUGUUAACUUGGAAGAACCUUUGAAAGCAGAUGAACGAGUGGAAGUGCCCUAUGCGUACACGCAACCACGACCACGUAUGUUAGAUUUAUUUGGAUACUCACGAGCAGGGACUACUAAUGCUUCUGAUUCCCUCCGGUCUUACAAUGACACAUCAUCGUUAGAACGAGGCGAAAAGAAGAAAAAGAAAGUAAAAAAGAUGGGAUCCAAAGGAAUCAGAGAGAAAAGAGAAUCAAAAAGAAAGGAGCUGAAUGGUUCAGGUACUCAAAGCCAAACUGAUACAGUCCACACCGAAAGAUGGCUGAAUGGUGUAGAAGCUAAAGGAAUUGCUACGAAAGCUUUGAAGAAAACGUCAAAAAGUUCUGGAAAAGCGGCUUCAGGUAUUUGUACUCCAAGCAAUCCUAAUUUGCAUUUUGGUUCGAGUUCAUCUAAUGGAGCCGUAACACCGCAUGAGGAUUCUUCUUUGCAUCAUGCGAAAGAGCAAGAAGCAAAAUUACGAUUAAGUUCUUAUAGAGUACUGGGUGAAACAGAAGAUUUGAAAUUGACGUAUGAAACACGAGUGUCAGCCGAUGAUGGAAAUCAAAUUGCAGUUGGAAUCGUGUUUUCAAACAAAGGGCACAGUACGCUACGUAAUUUGGAAAUGAAUGUGUUGGACACCAUUAAUACACGUUUAUUACGUGAGGAGGGCAAAUCAUCCUUGGCUGGGAUUCCACUAUCGUUUCAGCUUCCUGCCGGCGUCUCCGCUGAACAUGUUUUUAGAUUUUCAGUGAAGGCAAUCAAUAUGCCGCAGAAGUUAAGAGGCAAUUUAACAUUCUUUGCAGAUCGUAAAGGUGGAACUAUUCAAGAUAAACUAGAUUUCCAUAUUCUAAUGCCAGCAGUAUCUUUCCUUGUGCCUGCCACCAUUACAAGUGAAUCUUAUGACUUGUUAUUAAGUUCAAACGAUAUGGGCUAUAAAUCAUCCGUACAACUAAUUACCAGCCUUUCGUGGAGCACAGUCUUGAAGAAAGUCUACUUCUUCGCUCAUCUCAGUGUGGUGAAGCAGAAUGAUACUGUAGCAGCACUGUAUGCUGAAACUAUAAAGGCUGAAUCAAUUUGUAUUCUGAUCAAGCGGCAGGGUGACAAAAUUCAAAUCGACGGUCGGUGUGGUGAUCAGCAAUUGAUCUAUGCAGUUGUCGAUGAAUUACGCGAAAUAGUUUCUUCAUGAAUAACACCAUAAGUAGUGUGUUCCUCUGUUUUCUAGCAUUAGCAGUUAUGUAUUUCGUUAGUCACUGUGAUUUCUAAAAAUAACUCCUCAGAAAUACGCUCUGC